GAGUGAACGCUGGGCGUGUGUCUCCGGGCCGCACGGUGGCGCGGUUUAGCGCGAGCGCAUUGAGAGCACGCGGGGUGCUCAUUCAAAACACUCGCUUGAGCUUUACAGUUUCGGCUCCGGAUGUUCAAGGCAGCCAGAUAAACAAGCGGAUGCCAGAAUAUGGAAUCAGAACUUUUGAUUGGCUGGCAGGAGGAACGGACGGAGCUGAGGGCGGAGCUGUCACGCCUUCAGGAUGAGUUGGCUGAGAGCAGAGCAGAGAGGGAGGAGCUUGAGUCCCGUGCUCAAGCUUUGACUGACAGGCUGUCUCAGACGCUGAACCCAUCACUAUCGUUAUCUUUCCGUCUGGACGAUGAACAACGAGAAUGGAGGAAGAAGCUCAGAGAGGGCAGAGAGAGAGAAGCCAGACAAGCCCUGCUUAUUCAUAAACUUCAGAACAAGGUGGUGGAGUACAGGGCUCGCUGUCAGGCUCUGGAGCAACAGGUGAUCGGUGAGGAGAGAGAGCUGAGGGUGAGAGAGAGAAUGUUGCGGGACGAACGCAGCGACACAUUGGAGAGCACACUCAUCAGACUGGAGGAGGAACAGCAGAGAAGUAUGGGGCUCUCUGAGGUCAAUGUUCUUCUGCGGAGUCAGCUUAGCCAAUCAACCGAGGCGAAUGAAGCCAUGAGAGAUGACCUGCGAAAGCUAACAGCUGAUUGGUCCAAGGCAGUGGAGGAGGUGGCGCAAAAAGAAAUCGAAUGGCAAAAAGAAAAGGAGACUCUGACAGGCCACAUAGGAAAAGAGCAGACCAGACUGAUGACUCUUUGGGGACGUGCAGUCACACUCAAACGCCAGUGUCACUCGCUGAAGACUGCUACUGACAAGGACUUGUGGGAGCUAAGAGCAGAGUUUUCUCGCGUCUCCUCCUCUCUCCUCUCUGCGUGUGCUUCUCCUCUGUCAGCCCCCACCCUGCGCCUCGAUACCACAGCAUCACAUCCUCUCUCCUCCAGUCAGGGACCGCUGUCUCUUGAUGAUCUGAACCAUGAGCAGUCAACUGAAUUUAAAGUCAACCUCCAAUCAGAAACUCAGGAACUCAGAAACAGAAUCACAGAACUAAAUAUGACCAUUACAGCUCUUAAAUCUGAAAGAGAGAAGCAGGAGGCAGAGAUGGAGAGGAGACACAGGCAGGAAAUGGAGAGAGCGCGAGAACAAGAGAGGAAGUGGGAAAAACAGAUAGAAAUGGAGAGAAAUUUUGAAUCUGUCAGGAAUGCUGUCAGGACACUGUGGGGGGUUUUGAACUCUCAGCAGAUAAGCGAGCAGUCUGUAGAGGAUGUAUCCAGUGAAGGACUGUCCACUGUCCUCUCCAUCAUCGCUCAAGCGGAGACUGCCCUGCAAUGGAGACAACAAGAAGUGCAGGAUGCUCAGGUAAGCAUGCGAAGAUUGGCGGUGGAGAAAGAAACUCUAGAGCAACGAAUUACACAGUUGGAGAGGGAGGCGGAGGAGCUUCAGGAGCAAAAUAAACAAGGAGCAAUGCAGAUCAAACACACUCAGGAACUACUAAACAGUGAGCGGGAGAUGGUGGACAGUUUACGCAGUCAAGUGGAAGAGGCUGAGAGACUUACGGAGGAGUUGAGAAAAGAGAACGAACACAUGAGACGCCAAAGAGAGAGAGAGGAGCACGAGAAAAUCCAGCUUGAAAUAGAGAGACAGAAACGAGUGGAGGCGGAGAUGCUGGAGGCAGCUCAGAUGUGUGAGAGAGAGACUCGCAGUCGUCUGGAGUUGCACAGCCUGCAGGGGGCGCUAGAGAGAGAGAAGAUGGACAGGGAACGAGCCGAGCAGGAGGCAGCCGACACGAAAGAUGCUUUACUCAAGGCACGAGAGUCAUUACUGGCCCUGUCAUCCAGUCAAACCCAGCUGAAGAGAGAGCAGGCAGAAGGUCGGGAUGCCCUGGAGAGAAUGGCCACUUUAAAUGAAGCCCUGGCCAAGGACAAGAGAGAACUCAGUGUUCGUGCUCUUCAGCUGGAGACGGAGGUGGGAGAAGCCCAUGCCCAGAUCCAGGCACUUGGCUCCGAGAUGGCGGGUUUGCGCAGGGAACUGAAGACCGUGUCUCUGGAGGCCAAUGAAUUAAGGGAACGGAGAGAGACGGAUCAGAAAACCCUGCAGGAGCUUCGAGGAAAAGUGAGAGAGCUGGAAAAUGAGCUGGACACUGAGAAAGAGGCGAGAGAGAGGGAAGGGACUGCUCUUAAGGAGGAGAUUGCUAUCAGCGAACAAAGAAUUGAAGAGUUAUCUGAGCAGAACAGUGCAGUAAUGAAGGAGCUACAGGGUGUUCAGGCUGAACUGCUGAAAGCGACAGAGCAGCAGAGAAAAGCAGAACGAGAAAGAGAUGACCUGCUGAGAGAGAGCGAGAGACUACGGGACAGAAUAUGUGCACUGGAGAGAGAAAAGGAGGAACUCAACCGGAUUAAAGAGGAACUUGGAGGUGUGGUGGUUUGUCUCCAGGAGCAGAUGGCUCACGUUCAGGAACAAGCCUCAGGUCUGGAGGUAAAGUGCAGUCAGCUUCAAACACAGGUGGAUACGCUCACGCAGACCAAAGAUGUCUUGCAAGGAGAGAUUCAGUGUCUACAGACAGACCUGGAGAGAGAGACGGCAGAGAGGGAACGAGAAAGACAAGGAGCAAUGGAGGAGAAAAGGAGGAGUGAAAGACAAAUAGAAAACCUGCAGUCAGAAUUCACAAAGCUUCAGUGUGAUGCAGAACAAGCUUCAGAGAAAAAUAAACGACAAGAGGACGAGAGCAAAACGGAGAGAGAAAAAUGGCAAAGAGAGAGAGAAGCUCUGCACACCGAACUCGGACAGAAAGAUGGAGAAGUGGAGAUAUCGAGGAAUAGGAUAGAUGGGUUAUUAAAAGAAACAGGAGAGCUUUCAGAGCUCUUGGAGAAGAGAAAUACAGAACUAGACAAACUACGAACAAAAUUGGCAGCAGAGCAGAAAACUGCUGAGCUUAAAUUGAAGGAUGCAUGUGAUGAAAUUGAAAGAUGGAAGGAAAAAGAAAAUGAGAUUCAGAGAGAAAAAAACGAGUUAAAUCAAAAGUUAAUAGAAAGAGUGGACAUAGAAACUCAGAACCUCAAGAUUGCAGAGAUGGAGAGGGCUAAGAUGUCCGACCUGUUGAAGAAGAAAGAGGAUGACGUUAGGAAAAAACAAGAGGCCAUUGAAGAGUUAAAACUGAAAGUCCAAUCACAUGAGAGAAUAAUUGACAGUCUGGAAAUUGAGUUGAAAGAAAAAGAGACCAUUGAGAGCAAAGCUGCAAUCCUGGAGGAACAGAACGUUCAGCUGAAAGAGAGAGAAAUAGAGAAAAUGAAGGAGAAUGAAAGCAGAUUAAAGAAAAGAGAUGAACUUGAAACAAGAUUGAGAGGACAGUUGGAGCAGAAGGAUGGAGAACUGAUGGAGCUCAAAAGCAGAGUUGAAGAACUGACUAGAGAGAAAAAACACAUCUCGCAUCUUAUGAAAGAAAGAGAGCAAGAUGUUGAAAAAUUACAGACUUCACUGUUGACAGAAAAGAGAGCGUAUGAACUAAGGCUGAAAGAGGCAAAAGACGACACGGAUUGGUGGAAGAGACAAGCAGGCGAUGAGGGAAAAGAGAAGGAAAAUAUCAAGUUGGUCACUGAAAGAGAGAAAGCUGAACUGACAGAACGUCUUCGAGAACGAGAAGAAGAGAUACAGAUAAAAGAAGAUGACAUUGAAGAUCUCAAAGGUAGAAUUGAGUCGUUAGAGAAGAAACUUAAGACGGAUGCUGAUCAACUUGAACGCUUAAAUGUGCAAAAUUCACAGAUAAAAGAGAGGGAGAUGGAGAAACAGAAAGAGCUGGAGAUUAAGCAAACAGAGCUGACAGAACUGAAAAGAGAAUUAGAAGAUCUUAAUAUCAAAAUGGAGGGAGUUGUUCGAGAAAAAGAGAACACACUACAAAGGGUGGAAAAGAGCGAUGGUGAGAUACAAGCAUUACAAACAAGACUUGCAAAGCAACAGCAGACGUUUGAACAGAAGUUAGAAGCAGAACGUGAAGAGAUGAACAGGUGGAAAGCCAAGCUGGCAGAGAUAGAAAGAGACAGAAUAAGUUGUGAGGAAAAGGAGGAAGAAAGACGAAUAAAACAGGAGAUGGAGGAAAAAGAAAAGGAGCAGAGAUUGCGAGAAGAACUUCUUCAGAAAGAGAUGCACUUGAGACAGUUAAGACAAAAGAUUGAUGAAUUGAAUCAAGAGAAUGAAGAAGAACAGAGGGCAAAACUACAAAUACAAGAGGACCUUGAACGACGUAUCACCCUCCUAGGAGAGAGUGAAGAGGAGGUGCAGAGACUGAAGAAGAGUUUACAACAGAAAGAAAAUGAAGAAAGAGACAGAGUCCAAAAUGAGGAAAAGGAGAUGAAAAGUAUGAGAGAGAAACUGCAGGACGCUGAGCAGAGGAGACAAGAGGUCCUAAACCGUCUGCGAGAGACAGAAUCUGCAUUUGAAAAGGAAAAGCAUCAACGGCGAGAGAAAGAGGAGGAGUUUCUGGAUUGUAACCAGGAGCUGCUGUUGGUCAGGCGUGAGCGGGAUCAAGAAAAGGAGAAUACGGAUGAACUACAGAAGAUAAUAGAUGAACAGGGCAAAGAGGUUAAAACAUUGACGAGAAAUCUUAACGAAAAGUUAGAAGAGGUGGAGAGGUUAACACGGUUGCUACAAGACAGCCGAGGAGAGGCGCAGGUGCUUAAGUCCAGCAUAGAGAAGAGUGAAGAGGAAAAAGAAAGAUUAAAUAGGUCUUUGAAUCGAAUUAAAGACGAGAGCAGGCAUCUGGAGACCGAACUGAGAUUUGAGAAAACCGAAGUAGAAAGCCUGAGAGCCAGACUAGGGGAUCUUCAAAAAGGUCAACAAGUCCUGAUGGAGGAGAAAACAGGACGUCUUGAGAAGCUUGGGGCUCGCUUAAGAGAGUUGGAAGAAGAGAGAGAUCAUCUGUCUGCGGAGCUUCGAAGGAAAGAGAGAGAGAUUGGGGGUCUGAAAGAUGAAACGCUCAGGGAGAGACGAGAAAAGGAGAGAUUAAGCUCCUCGCUGAAUGAGGCGAAAGAAAGAAGGAACGCAUUGGUUGCCCAGUUGGAAACUUUACAAGAAGAGGUGGUUGGUCUAGCUAAAACCAAAGAGCAAACUAUGUCAAAGGUCAAGGAACGAGAAGAGCAGAACCAGAAGAUGCGAGAAGGUCUAAUUUCAGGUCUUCAGGAGAUGGCCACUCUGAAGGAAAUGUUGGAGGAGAGUCAUCGUGAAGGAGAGAGACUCAGGACGAUACUACAGGAAAAGAAGGAAGAGCUUGUCCGAAACAAAGAAGAAAGCGUUAGGGCGGCGCAGGCUGAAGCCAAAGAUCUUCUACUAAAAGUUCAGAUAUUGGAGAAGGAGAAACAGGAGCUUACGACUGCACACAGACACGAACUGAAGAGGAAAGAGGAUAAAGACAUGCAAGAAAUUGAAGAAUUAAAGAAAAAAGAAGAAAAGUUAGAGGAAGCAUUGAAGGCCAUGGAGAGCAUUGCAAAGCAGAGAGAUGCUGAGCUGACCAAAGCGAGGGCAAGAAUGGAUGUCCUGGAGCAACAGAGGACUGAACUCAGCUUGAUGGCAGCAGAGAGGACCAGAGAUGCAGAAGAUCUAAGCUACAAAGUCAGAGAGCUAAGAGAGGAGGUGAACCGUCUGAGAGAGGACAAAAUGAGAGAAAAGGAAGAAGCUAAAGAUCUUCUACAAAAAGUUCAGAUAUUGGAGAAGGAGAAACAGGAGCUUAAGACUACACACACACACGAACUGAAGAGGAUAAAGGAUGAAGAAAUGGAAGAAUUUAAGAGAAAAGAAGAAAAGUUAGAGGAAGCAUUGAAGGCCAUGGAGAGCAUUGCAAAGCAGAGAGAUACUGAGCUGACCAAAGCGAGGGCAAGAAUGGAUGUCCUGGAGCAACAGAGGACUGAACUCAGCUUGACGGCAGCAGAGAGGACCAGAGAUGCAGAAGAUCUAAACCACAAAGUCAGAGAGCUGAGAGAGGAGGUGAACCGUCUGAGAGAGGACAAAAUGAGAGAAAAUAAAGAGAAGGAAGAAGCUAAAGAUCUUCUACUAAAAGUUCAGAUAUUGGAGAAGGAGAAACAGGAGCUUAAGACUACACACAGACACGAACUGAAGAGGAAAGAGGAUGAAGAAAUGGAAGAACUGAAGAGAAAAGAAGAAAAGUUAGAGGAAGCAUUGAAGGCCACGGAGAGCAUCGCAAAGCAGAGAGAUGCUGAGCUGACCAAAGCGAGGGCAAGAAUGGAUGUCCUGGAGCAACAGAGGACUGAACUCAGCUUGACGGCAGCAGAGAGGACCAGAGAUGCAGAAGAUCUAAACCACAAAGUCAGAGAGCUGAGAGAGGAGGUGAACCGUCUGAGAGAGGACAAAAUGAGAGAAAACAAAGAGAAGGAAGAUGUGCUUGAGAGACUGGAGCUUCUGAGAAAAACAUUGAAGGAGAAGGAAAAUGAGAUAGAUCUUGUGAAGGAGAAAUGUGAAGAAGAAAAACACAGACGAAUUCAAGUAUUGUCAGAAAGACUGAAAGAAAAGGAAACCGAGUUGGAGAGCGUGCGAGAAACGGCCUACAAAGAACAAUCUGCGAGACUUAGAUUGCAGGAUCAGUUUGAAGAUGAGAAACAAGACACAAAGAGGUUGAGGGAAACAGUGGAAACACUAGAGAAAGAAAAACAAGAGAUGCAGACCAAACUGGAGGAUGACAUAUCCAGUGUCAGACAAUCUGAAAAGAGCAAAAAACCAAAGCUUGAUAGUGGUCAUGGUACUCUAACCGACUUACUUGAAACAAAUGAUGGACAUCAGUCUCAUGAUGAUGACAAAUGGUUAGGGAUAGAUACAACAAGAACGCAACUGACAAAGAAAGAUCAUGAAAUGGAGAUGAUGAGGACCAAAGCUCUGCAGACAGAGAUAGACAGACUGCACUCUACAAUGAGAAACCAGAGCGCAGAGGCAACAGAAAAUGAGGAGAGGCUAAAGAAACAAAUGUUUGUUGUCCUUUCAGAAAAGGAGGAGAGAGACAGACUCCUUAGAGAAAAGGAUAUUGAAGUGUAUGCUCUAAAAGAGAGAGCGGAGGAGCUGUGUAAAGACAGAGACCGGGUCAGGGUGGCUCUGGAGAAAACCGAAGCUAUGCUCAUUUACUAUAAAGAGAGACUGGGACAGCAAGAGCACAAGAAAACCCAACCAGGAGGGGAUGUGUCACGGGAGAUUGAACCAAAUACCCAGACCAUAGAUGAGGUGAACACAGACUCUGAUGCUCCGAAGCGUCUAGCGGCUAUGCAGCAAGCCGUGGCCCAGCUGGAGGUGGAACAAAGCCUUCUGCAGAGGAGAAACACUCAUCUAGAGAAAAAGAUUGAGAGGUUACGAACUGAGCGCCAGCACCUGAGAGAGACCUUGACACAGGUUGAACUGGAGAGAGGCAAACUCAGGCAUCAGCUGUCACUGUCAGAAGCAGGAAUUCAGAGCCUGUCAGGUGGUACCGACAAGGAGGAGCUGAAGCACAUCAAAAUCCGUGCCGAUGAGCUAGAAGAACAGGUUCACCAUCUGCGUCUCAUGUUGGCUGCUGAUCAUAAGCAGAAAGCAGAGUUUAUAGAUCGCUCGCUGAAGAACAGUCAGAGUGUGAUGUCUCUGAGACAGGAUCUGAAUGAAUCUCUAGCAGUGGUGUCCCAGCAUCUCGUCCCAUCAGUGCUGGAGUCAGAGACACAGAGGCUGGACAGGAGCCUCCAAGAGCAAGAGCUCAGACUCUCUCUCAGCCAAAGCUAAAGGAAACAAACACAAUCCUAUAGUAUAAUCAUUAACAUAUUGUUUGUUUGACACAAUAUCUUUGCACUUAAAUUAACUUUCUGUAAUUCUUGGAGUGUGCCUAACAUUCCUUUUGAAACAAGAGACUCAGGGCUUAUUUACAUGUGUAUUUAUGUGUAUUUGAUUGUUUUUGUCAUAAUUCCUAAAAUACUAAUUAGCAUCAUCUUAUCAUUGUAUAUGUAAUGGUUUAAGAGCUGUUACUUCCUGACCGACUUCUUUUACAUCAUUUACAUAUCUGAUGUAACCAGCCAAAAGCUUUACUGUUUUGUUUACUUUUUUAAAGCUAUUCUGUCAGUAUUAUUAUCUGUGCAAUAUAAGAAUUCUAUUUAAUUAAAUAUAAUACUAUGUGUUCUUUUUAUAUUAUUAAAUUGAUUCAAAAUCACUUCCACUGCCACCUCACUAACAUUUCAAAUAUUUUACACUGUUGUUUUUACAUUGCUUUGCUGUUUUUUUUUUUUACUGUUUUUGUCGUUCAAUAUGUUGUUGAGUUUUAAUUAAAGACUACAUGAUUUAAAAUGACAGUGUUAUGCUAUAUGAAAUCUUUUGGUGUUUUGAGGAUUUUGUUUUGCAUCAUAUAAACUGUAGCUUUGUCAUGGUCGCCAGGGGGCGAUGUUUGUGUAGAAAGAUUUUACUGCGUUUAGUCACCCACAAGUCAACCAGUAAUACAUCUGUUUUUAUGAAACAUUGGUAGUAAUUUACCUUAAAUUACAAACAAAAGACACACAGUCUAUCCUCCUUAAUUCAAAUAAAUAACGCUCCGAAACCAAAUAUCAAUUGCUUUAAUGUUUAUUAAAUGUUUUGGGGAGCCAAGUAGGCCCUUUAAUUUCGGAUAUGCAAUACAUUUCAAAUGAAUAUGUGUAUCUCACAAAAGCAUGCCAGUAUUUGACCCCAAAAUAAAAUAAAAACUUGCAUUAACUAGUUGA